GAACUGGGACAAGAAAACCCAACCUUAGACUUUAAUGUGAGAAAGUUGGUGCGGACCUUAACAAAACUUGCUACAGAUAAAAAGGAAGCAACAUGGCCAAGACACUCCUUGCCAGUUAAUACUUUGAAAGUUAAUGGUACAAGAAUGAAAUUAGAGUUUGCUGCACCUAUGUAG